AUGACAAGCCAGGCAAAAUCAAAAAGACAGAACUUGAACAGAGACGUAGAAGCGAUAAUUCAAAUUGAAAUAUUAGCGCUCAGUUACCAACUGAAAUGUUUUGAUAGUGGAAGUCGAAAGGCAUUGCGCCAACAAUUGAGGGAUAUUACUCGUGCCUGGGUCAUACCAAGGGAAGGUUGGCAGUUGAAAAGUAAAGCCUAUGUGGAUAGUUUGUUCGAAGUACUGUACAAUCGAACAUAUACGUUAGAAAAAAAUAGAGUGGAGAAAUGCGAUUCAUUUUCUGAUGAAGAAAUACAAGGAUUAUUGAUAGCGAAUGAACAAUGUUACAUAUUGGAUGAAGCAUUCAAAAGUGACCCUGACAAAAAAGCUGCUUUACCUUAUAUAAGAAAAGCGGAUCAACUCAGCCCAGCGUAUUCAGAUAUAGGAUCAUCUGUGGAUCCUCCGUGUGAAAGUAUGGAAGUCGAUGAUCAUUUCAGUUCAAGUAUAACUACUCCUGAUGUGCAAUCAUAUCAUGUCUUUCAAGCAACAACAACAAAAUAUAAUAGUGCAACCACAGAAUCAAUUUCAACAAGAAAGUCACACCAUAGAAUAAUUGAUCAGUCGCCGUAUAAAGCUUUAUUCGGAAGUGACCCUAAAGUUGGCUUGUCAUCAUCAGCCCUUCCAAAAGAAUUACUUGAUACUAUAGAAACUGAAGAAGAUUUAAUUGCAUUGACAACAGCGACUAGUGACGACAAUGUCAGAACUUACAUUGAGACAGAAACUGAUCUUGACACAAACACUGAAACGGAAACAAUAUUUGACACAAACACUGACACGGAAACAAUAUUUGACACAAACACUGACACGGAAACAAUAUUUGACACAAACACUGACACGGAAACAAUAUUGGACACAAACACUGAAACGGAAACAAUAUUUGACACAAACACUGACACGGAAACAAUAUUUGACACAAACACUGACACGGAAACAAUAUUUGACACAAACACUGAAACGGAAACAAUAUUUGACACAAACACUGACACAGAAACAAUAUUUGACACAAACACUGACACGGAAACAAUAUUUGACACAAACACUGACACGGAAACAAUAUUUGACACAAACACUGAAACGGAAACAAUAUUUGACACAAACACUGACACGGAAACAAUAUUUGACACAAACACUGACACGGAAACAAUAUUUGACACAAACACUGAAACGGAAACAAUAUUUGACACAAACACUGACACGGAAACAAUAUUUGACACAAACACUGACACGGAAACAGAUCUGGAGAUAAACACUGAAAUGGAAACCGAUAUGGACACAAACACUCAAACUGACACCAAUCUGGACUCAAACACGGAAAUUAAUGUUUUAACUAGUACUAGCACUGAAACUGAUGUUGACACAGACACAAAUUUCAAAAUAAUACGCGCGAGAAAACGAGCCCUGUCAGGCCAACAAAUACAAGCCGAUGAGAUGUUGUCUUCUUCCAAAAAAAGAUUAAAAGAUUUAGAAAUUGGAGACGAUGUUAUAAUACCAGUACAAAGAGUAGACCGUGGACCGAUGGACUGUAAGAACAUCAAAGGUGUUGUGCUUGAUAUUGCAGAAAAUGGAUAUAAAGUAGGUACCAAAGUUGGAAUCAUGUUCGGUUUCAUGAGUCGAAAUCAAAUUGAAAAGAUUCAGAGAAAGGAAUUGACAAUAUUGGACAUAACAUAG